AUGUACAACAAGCUCGAGUCAAUCGUUGGAUUGACAGAAAAAUGCUUCGUGGUGUUAGCACAUUCGAAACCACAUGUGAUGACCGCAGCGAAAAGGAACUCGCAGCAGUGUGACGCGGCACAGCCUCGAAGCAACUCAGGAAGGCAAAAGAGGCUCGGCGUCUUGGCGCGGCUACUCUACUCUAAUCUGCUGAGAAGGACCCUGGCUGUGCAGCCGAAAUGGAAGCAGAAGCAGCAGUAUCUCAGCAGCUUGAGCAGCUCCAGCUCCAGCUCCAGCUCUCGGCUCCACAUGGAAGUGUGA